AUGGUUUCGUUUAUCCAUUUGGGGUUACUGCUGUUAUCAGCCAACCCCUAUGCUGAAGCACUUGCUGUCAGUAAAACACGCACAGAGUCUCUGGGGCGCGAACGUGUCAAUAUCAACUCAGAUUGGCGUUUCUGGAGGUCAGAGGAAAACCCUGAUGGCAUUAUAUAUGACCAGCGUAAAGAUCUCGAACACUUGUCCGAUGCCGAGAUUUUGAAGGACUGGGUUCUCCCGUCAGCGAAUGAUUUCAUCCGGGAUACUUCGAAGCACUAUAAACGCCCCGAGGGAAAGCCUGGCACCGUCGUGCCCUACGUACAGGGAGAUUUCGACGACGAGAAGUGGGAUGUGGUUAAUUUGCCCCAUGAUUGGGCCAUUUCCGGACCCUUCUAUACCGACGCGGACGGUGAAGCCAUCGUUGGGGGCGGAAUGGGCCGCUUGCCUGUACAUGGCGUUGGGUGGUAUCGCCGUAAGAUUGAGAAGACGACGGAGGACAAGAACAAGCAAAUCUACCUGGACAUCGAUGGCGCAAUGUCCUUUGCCAUGGUCUGGUUGAACGGCGAACUUAUUGGUGGAUGGCCCUAUCCUUACAAUUCGUUUCGACUGGAUUUGACUCCACAUCUCAAGGAUGGAGGGGACAAUAUUUUGGCUAUCCGCCUUGAUAAUCCUGUCAAGUCGGCGAGGUGGUACCCAGGGGGUGGCAUCUACCGUAACGUUUGGCUCACAAAGGUGGAAAAAGCCCAUGUCGGUCAAUGGGGGACAUUUAUCAAGUCGAGAGAUGUAUCCUCGGAAUCUGCCACCCUUGAUCUCACGGUCGAAGUCGAAAACAGCGAAGAAGAUACAGUCAGCGUUGAUGUUGUUACAGAAAUCUUCGUCCUGGACUCAGCUAGCGACACGGCCGGUGAAAAGGUGGCAAGUCUCCCCAAAGAGUCUGUACAAGCCAAGUCUGGGGAGAAGACGUCGGUUACUGGCUCAACCACCAUCAGCAACCCUCAGCUCUGGGGCCCUCCACCUACGCAAACACCUCAUCUAUAUGUGGCGAUCACGAAGCUAUACAAAUCCAACGGGGAAGAAAUAGAUCGGUACGAGAGUAACUUCGGUAUUCGAAGCGUCGAAUUCACUGCAAAUGAUGGACUCUUGGUCAACGGUGAACGGAUUCAGAUACAUGGUGUCAACCAACACCAUGAUCUGGGCGCGAUUGGAGCAGCUUUCAACACAAGGGCGGCGGAACGGCAGCUGGAAUUGCUGCUAGAGCUUGGAAGCAACGCUAUUCGAAUGUCACAUAAUCCGCCAGCCCCUGAGCUUCUCCAUCUCACGGACAAAAUGGGCUUCCUCGUGAUCGACGAGGUUUUUGACAGCUGGAACCUGAACAAGACAGACAACGACUUCCACAUCAUCUUCCCAGAUUGGCACGAGGCCGACCUGCGCUCCUUCAUGCGCCGCGACAGAAACCACGCAUCCGUCAUCGCCUGGAGUUACGGGAACGAGGUUCUUGAGCAGCGAUAUGGCGGGGCGGAGGGGGCCGAGCUCAGCCGCACUCUGCGCACGCUGCUCGAGGAUGAAGAUUCCAGCCGGCCAUCGACGGCGUCUCUGAACUUUGCACAGCCAGGGAAUGACGGUGACGAAUUUACACACACGAUGGACAUAAUAGGUCUUAAUUACCAAGGAUCUGGCAUCCGCGACCUGCCCAACUACUCACACCUGAGCGGCAUACACACCAGCCCGGCAUUCCCGCUGUUCCGCGAGACCUUCCCCGACAAGUUCCUCUUCACGAGUGAGUCGGCCUCUGCUCUCAGCACCCGGGGCACGUACUUCUUCCCAGUCGCCGACGACAGCGGGGCGCCUGUUAAUGAAACAUCUGGUGGCAACAAGGCGCUGGCCCAGGUUAGCGCGUACGAGGUGUACAGCGCUGACUUCGGGUCCUCCGCUGACAGGGCAUUUGACCAGCACGACAGGCAUCCGUACGUGGCCGGCGAGUUUGUCUGGACCGGGUGGGAUUACCUGGGCGAGCCGACGCCAUACUACUCGGCGAGGAGCUCCUACACGGGCAUCAUCGACCUGGCUGGCUUCAAGAAGGACCGGUUCUAUCUGUAUCAGGCCAGAUGGCGGCCCGACCUGCCUAUGGCACACAUCCUGCCCCAUUGGAACUGGCCCGAGCGGAAGGGAGAGGAGACGCCAGUCCACGUCUUCACGUCGGGCGACGAAGCGGAGCUUUUCUUGAAUGGGGAGUCACUUGGGCAAAAGAAGAAGGAGGAGUACAAAUACAGGCUUCGAUGGGAUGAUGUCAAAUACGAGCCUGGUGAGCUCCAUGUGGUCGCAUACAAGGAGGGCGAGAAGUGGGCGGAAGCUACUGUACGCACGACUGGCGAGGCCAGAGGGAUUCGCCUGACUGCAGACCGCUCCAAAAUCGCAUCUGACGGAUUAGACCUGUCAUUCAUCACUGCCGAUAUUAUUGACGAGAGUGGGGAUGUGGUUCCAGUGGCUUCGAAUGAGAUUCAUUUUAGUGUCUGUGGCGGCGGGGGAAAGUUGGUGGCUACUGACAAUGGCGACCCUGCGGACCUGAAUGUGUUUCAGAACAAGACGAGGAAUGCGUUUAGUGGAAAGGCCCUUGCUAUUGUGAGCGCGCAGGGGGGGCAGAGUGGCAAGAUAACGGUUGUAGCGAAGAGUGAAGGCCUUCAGGGUGCGAAGUUGGUCUUGGAGGCAAGCUGA